AGUAUUAAGACAACAACAUUGAAAGUUCACAUGCAUUGCAACAAGUGUGAACUUGACCUAAAGAAGAGGCUACUCAAACACAAAGGUAUUCAUAAUGUGAAAAUAGACUUUAAAGCUCAAACUAUAACAGUUGAGACAGUCCUUGAGUCAGAAAAAGUUGUGACAUAUGUGCGAAAAAAUUUCCGCAAACACGUAGAAAUUAUAAAGAAGAAAGAGGAGGAAAAAAAGGAAAAAGUUACAGUUGAAGUGAAAACCACAGAAAAAAUUGUUGAACUUAAUGAAGUGAAGAAAGUAGAAGCAAAAAAUAAAGAGGGUGAAGUUUCAUAUUUUGUUCACUAUGUAUAUGCCCCUCAGUGGUUCAGUGAUGAAAAUCCUAAUGCUUGUUCUGUCAUGUAGAUGCAUAUGUCAUGCAGGGAUGCAGGGGACGGACAUAGAGCACAUAUUUCUAGUGUAUUUGUUAUGGUAAACCAAUUUAACUGUGGUAGAGGUUCGGACUCAUACUUAUAAAAUUCAAAUUAUGUAUCCGACAUGAACUUCUUGCAUAUACUUAGCAUUUAACGUGAUAUGUACAAUGAUGUGCGAACUAAUUCUCUUUCAUUGCACAUGUCGUGUGUAUAAGUAAUUUCUUGAUU